AUAAAAUUAGUUUUGAAGAAGCAUGUAUGAUGGCCAAUAUUAAUGAAGAUAAAGAACUUAUCUGGGAUGAUUUGGAUAUAGAGACUAAAAGUAGAGAUACAAAUUCGAUGGUACUAGAACCAGAAUCUAAAAAAAAGACAAAGACCCUUAGUACAAUUAGCAGAAAUGUGGGAGAUAGACAAGAAUAUAUUUUUAGAAUUGAAGAAGAAAAUGAGCUAUACUCAUUAGAUAUCUGCUAUGCUCAUUUUAUGUUUAACCAAAAGUUACUUCAUAGUACAAAUAUUAAAAAAUUAUAUAAUCAGAAUAUUCAGGCACCUUGUGUUGGCUCAAAAUUUUGUACUGAUUUUCCUUCUAGAAAAUUGCAAGAAAAUGAACUUAGUGAUGACAAGUUUGAUGAAUAUCAACCAUGUUUUAUAUGUUCUGAAUGUUUUAAUUCAGAAG